UGUGUCAGCAUUUUCUGUUUAAGCAAUUUUUUCCCUCCCUGAGAAUAAAUUAUCAAUCUACUGUAGUGGUAUUGACCAUACCAACAAGUUUAAAGUAAAGAAUGUGCAUUUCAGUGAGGAAUAGCCCUUUAUAAAUAGCCUUUCGGGUUUCGUACUAGGUGUGAAAUCUCAAUCUUGACAUCAUUGAAAUCAUUGUAGGGCAGACUGUUUUUCAGUCAAACAUUAAUGUGGUAGGUGAUCUUAAUUUUCAAGAAAGGAAUUUUUAAUACGUUCUAAUUCCUUAAUUUGAGGAUAUACCAUGAUGUCAGUGAUGGAAUGUCCAACUAUCAAAAAAAUAUUUACAAGUUGCCCAGAAAAUGGUCAUUUAUUUAGGAGAUUUUGGCAGUGUCUGAAAGCAUCUACGCCGUUUUAACUAGCUACUGUAUAUCCUUCAUUCUGAUUGAAAGAAUGAACAACAUCAAAGAUGAAAGCCCACAGGCCUUGUUGAUCCCUGUACCUGUGUCUUUUUAGGGUUACUCACUGAUAAGAUUGCUGUCGAUUCCUCAUCCAUGGAUCCUCAUCAAGGAGGCUUUGAACAUAAACCCUCUACACGAAGUAAGCUUGCUGCGUAUCUUUUGUUGAACCUUCGGCUCCUGAGCUCUCAGUAGUCUCAAUAUUGAUCAUUUGGUGCACCAGAUAGCCCACAAGACACAGCGGUGCCUUAAUUGAACUCACAUCACAAGUUGAAUGUGCAAGAAAAAAAAAGAAAUUUCCCCUAAAGAAACAUUCAUGGCCAACAGCCAUGAAUCUUCCCUCUCAUAUGAAAAACAAUGGUCUGGAGAAUGUUUCCUCCCUUUAUGUUACAAUAAAUCUUCACUUACAUCUUCUAUUUCUACUUCUUAAUGUAUUAAAAAAUGUCUUCAUUUUUUUACAGCUUGCCGAACAACUUUUAAAGAAAGGAACUUGCAAUUAUGAUGAUGUCGCAAUCAUAGAAACACCACCUGUUCCCAACAAGAAACUUAUUGAGUCAGUGGAAUUUGAAGCAUAUGUUGAACACAGAGACAAUCAUCAGAAUUAACAACAGUAACCAUCUCUCAAAAAUCAUCAACGAAUACUUGCCGAACAACUUUGAAAGAAAGGAACUUGCAAUUAUGAUGAUGUCGCAAUCAUAGAAACACCACCUGUUCCCAACAAAAAUCUUAUUGAGUCAGUGGAAUUUGAAGCAUAUGUUGAACACAGAGACAAUCAUCAGAAUUAACAACAGUAACCAUCUCUCAAAAAGCAUCAACGAAUAGUAAGGUGUUUUCAUCUAAAAAAUCUGAACGAUGAAGCCGGAGAAGAAAGCAAGGCUGUCCAACCUUAUGAACAAAUUUUCAGAAAUUAUAAACGAUUCGGAUGAUUCUGUCUCCUUCUCAGACGAUGAUGGCAGUUCCUUAUUGGAGACAUGUCCUGCAAAGAAGGAGGUCAGCAAAAAAACGAAAAUGCUAUUUCAGAAGUAUGUCAAGACUCCCGAUCAACCACGUGGAAAAAGAAAAAUCAAAAGUAAGUCGACGAAGACAGAGCAGUCGGCAACAGUGUAUACUGUCGUUCUGCUUGAAGACAUCAACCGACAAACACCUCUGAGUGGGAAGGAGUAUAGUGAACAUGCUGAAAAACUGUUGAUAAAAGAACCUAUUACAAUAUGCAAAACCCUAACAGCUGAGGCUCUGCGCACCAAGCUGCAACAACUAUUCAUCAACCAUCUUCAGUCGGUCGAAUUUGAUAUUUUGAAGAAAAUUGGAGAUAAGCUGCUGCCACCCACUUUACCAACAGGAGAAAAAUUAGAUGGAACGAAUUUUGCUUUCAUCUUCCACCGAAAGACUGUCUUCCUACGACCACAUACUCCUCUCUGCCUCCCUGCAGACACUUUUUCUGGCCCAUCAACUUCAACCCUCAUCACCAGCAGUAGUAACACUCCCUCCACAGCAGGUGAGGUUUCAAAAAAGGAAGAAAUUUCAUCAGCACCAGUCUUCACAAUAGUUUUGCUAGAAGACAGUUCCCGGGACUCUCCGCUCAGCGCUAAAGAGUAUAGCAACCAUGGGAUACUGCAAUUGAUCAAAGAGCCAGUGCCGCUUUCCAGGGACUUGUCUGAAGAACAGUUAUAUAAUAAGCUGAGAAAUCUGUUUGAAUCACAGCUGAAAACAACAAAUUUUACGAUAUGCAAGAAAAUUGGUGCUAAGAUCUUGCCUCCAUCCUUACCAGCUGGAAUGAAACUAAACGGGGACAGCUUCUCACGCCUUUUUUAUAAAAAGACAGUGUAUUUAAGACCCCAUAAGUCACUUGCCCAGAUAGAGUCCAAUGGUGACGAUGAUUGUGAAAUUGUAGAAAGUAACAACGACAAUAUUGCAGAAGAGGAUGAUUGUGUAGUAAUAGAGGAUGACAACAAUGUUGUGCAACAGGAGAAUGAAUCUCAAAUUAACAGAAACGAUGAUGAUGAUGAUGAUAAUGAAGAAUAUUUGCAGAACAUUCUCCUCGAGAGUGGUGACACAUUUGCAGUACAAUCAAUCGAUCGUGGACUUUCUGACUGCAUCAACGUUAACCAAUACCCCGCUGCCCAACAAUAUAACACAGAAACAGUCAUUGAAAAUGGAGAAGAAAAAUUUAGAAAUGCCGUCAAUACUCUGAGAACGUCGAUCAAUGUAGGUCAAAACAAAGCCAUUAAGAUAAUGAGAGGCCGGGUUAAAAGGUCAUUGUUUGAGGCGAUCAAAAAAUUAGAGUUCUCCCCGUCUAAUGGAAUCUUUUUCAAAAUUCUAGACAAAUUUGGAGUGGACGAAGAAGCCAUUGACUCAGGGGGGGUAAGCAGAGAAGUAUUUACCCUUGCCUUUGAUGAGAUACGCACAUCACCCAUGUUUGAAGGACCAGAGUUCGAAAGGAACUUGGCGCUUGAUAACAACAGCAAGCGGGAAAGAGACUACUAUUAUUUGGGAGUCGUAAUCGCAAUGGCAAUAGCUCACAACUUGCCAUUGCCUAGAUUUUUUUCUUCAGAAUUAUACUCUUUCAUACUCUCUGGCAAAUAUGAAAGGGAACUUAAGAUAGAAUCUGUCAUGGACUUAAACCUGAAGAAUCAAAUCGUGAAAGUGGACGAUUGCAAGGAUUUGGCUACCCUUCAAGAUCUCGUGUAUGAAUUCAACCUUCCUGGGGUUUCCUCAGUCAAAUCUUUUAAUGAAAAGAGAAUGGUGGUCAGAGAUGCUUUAAAUUCAAUAUUGAAUGUUCCUAUGGAAGGAGUUUUUUCUCAAUUUUUGGAUGGUCUUGCCUCUUUGGGAGUUCUGGAUCUCAUAAGAAAGGAGCCAGUAGUAUUUAGAAGUGCUUUUUUACGUUCGAAAGUACCAUUAACAGCAUCUGUUUUCACCACUCAGUUCAAAAUCAACUGGUCUCAGGAUGUUUUCAAGAAAGAGGCAGAGGAAGAGAUCUUCAUUAAAUUUAUCAACUUUUUGGACGAUGUUGAAGGUGGAUUCUCUGAGAUAGUGAUGGAAGAUAUACUCCAGUUUGUUACAGGGUCCAAGCACCUACCACCAGGUGGAUUUGAACCAAGGCCGGUUUUAACUUUCUACCACAACGAAACUGGAUGGAGACCAAUGCCAUGCGCAAAUGUUUGUGGCUACAUACUCAAGUUGCCCGUAUACAGCUAUACAGCUGAAGAGUUUAGACAGGUCUUUGAAGAGGCUGUCAAAACAGAAUGUUUUGGUCGAGCUUAG